UUCGACGUUAUAAUAGUGAAGGCAAGGAAACCGAAAUUUUUCACGGAUGAAUCCCGUCCUAUUCGAUUAUAUGAUGAAAAAACUAAUUCAAAUGUGUGGGAUCGAGUUUCAAGGUUGGAUAAGGGAAAAAUAUAUUAUGAAGGAACAGUGAAGCAAUUGCAAGAUUUAACUGGAUGGCGGGGUCAUACUGUGCUUUACUUUGGUGACCAUCCUUACAGCGAUUUGGCUGAUGUCACACUAGAACAUGGGUGGAGAACUGGUGCCAUUAUAAAUGAGCUCACGCAUGAAAUUGAGACUCUAAAUAAUGUAAAUUUUAAAACAAAUGCAAAUUGGCUUCAAAUGCUAACGCAGCUCAUAGAAGAUAUUCAAGACUACCAAUGCGAAGCAGCCCAUAUUUGUUUGGAAAAAUGGCAAAAAGAGCGUGAUUUACUUAGGAAUCAAACUAAAAUGGUGUUUAAUAAGCAGUUUGGAAGCGUGUUUCGGACAUAUCACAAUCCAACGUAUUUUUCUAGACGUCUUUUUCGAUUUGCGGAUAUUUAUACUAGUGACAUAACAAAUUUAGCAAACUAUUCUGUUUCCCACACUUUUUACCCACGACGUGGAGUAAUGCCCCACGAAUAUAUUUCGUAUUUCAUGUAAACGUCCAUUUUCAUUUGCAUACUUUUCCAAAUGGUAAAGUUUUUAAAUACAAAUUUUCAAAAUGCAACAUAACUAAUAUAGAAUUUAACCAAUGCA